AUGGAUAGCGGAAUGAAACACCGACGAAAGGUUACAAUUCUUAAGCUCUGGCAAGUCAGGGCACUCCGAAACAAGCGCACGCCGCUCCCAGAGCACCCGAAUGAGACCCCAUGGGAAGAAUUAGAAGAUGGGAAUCUUGUUGGUGUACUAGCUGAACUGACUUCUCUGGGCGAAUCGGAGCUACGUGACACGCCAAAGACUCCCACCGAGGUUUCCUCGUAUUACCGGCGCUGGACGCGGGAGGAGAUUAAUCUCCUCAUUAAAUUGAAGAAAGAUGGGCUGUCAUGGAAGAAUAUAGAGGUAAUUUGCAAGACCACUCGAUCGAAUGCUUCCCGCGGCACGAAUGGACAACAUCGCUAA